AUGACAAAGCCGGAGCUGGACAUUCAGCACAUUUUAUACCAGAUUCAGCAGAUGAAUCAGGACGAACGCAGCCUCCUCUUAUCCAGCCUCAACUUGUCCAGUGAGGAACAACUUCUCAACUACUUUAGCGUGCCGAGUAUUCCACUGGAAGACUUCACAGCCUUCCGUAUUCACAAGUAUUUACUUCUCUAUGUCCCGCCGGUGAUGAUCUUCAUUGGUACCAUCGGGAACAUCCUGUCUUUCGUUGUCUUUCGUGCUUACAGUGGUAAGGUAUCAACAUAUACCUACCUGGGGGCGCUGGCUAUGAUGGACCUUCUUGUAAUCUACAUAGGCUUGCUGCGACUUUGGAUUGCUCAGCUUUCUUCUUUUGACAUAAAGGACCAAACUAACUGGACUUGCAAGCUUGUAGCUUUCCUGGGUUACGUGUGCAGCGAUUCGUCCGUAUGGCUCAUAGUAGCAGUUACAGUAGAACGGUACAUCGCAGUUUGCUACCCUUUGCAAGCCUCUAAUCUUUGUCGACUCAAAAAAGCGCGGUUCACCGUGCUUAUACCAAUUCUGUCACUUUGCAUUGUAAAUUCGCACUUUUUUUGGACCGUACAAUUGCGACACGAAAAAACAAACACAACAAAUACAGUCUAUAUCUGUGAUGCCGGACAGAGUUUCACGGACUUGGUCAACGAUGUGUGGGUAUGGGUGGAUGCCGGUAUAUAUUCGUUUGUUCCAUUUGUAAUUUUAUCAUUGCUCAACGGACGUAUAAUUCAGAAAGUGUGCAUAGCUAAAAAUGAACGUACACUUUUACUAAGUAAAGAAAGAACCGACAUUGGAUGUAAUUCGAAAAUGAAACAUUCCUCAUGUGAAGUAAACAGGAAAUUAACCAUAAUGCUUCUGAUGGUAUCCUUUACAUUUUUACUUACGACCCUGCCGAUGAAUAUCAUUCUCAUCAUGACUAAGUCCUGGAAUGAACAGAAUCAGCAGCAAAAGGCAGCGUUUUACCUGGCAAAGACAGUAUCAGAAUUGUUAAUGUAUCUCAACCAUACAAUCAACUUCUUUCUUUAUUGUAUCUCCGGUCGGAAAUUUAGGCGUCAAAUAUUUUCCCUAUUUUCUUUUUACUGUUGUUCUGUCUUCGCCCAAAGCGGCGAAACAGCUAUGACAAGGAAAAGAACAUUCGACACGACUGAGACUAUUGGUUUGCGUAUUAAUUAUAAAGUUGUGUACAAAAGAGAUACGACGCCACCCUCUUCUGUCUAA